CAAAAUAAAAGGAGAAGCCUGCAAUAGGCUUUUGCAUUGCCAGUGAAGUGCAGAGCGUUAUACUCAGAAAAAAUACUUAACAUAUAAUACAAUACUGCAGAUACAGUACUAGUUAAAACUCUGGGAUAAAGAAACACUCAGUUUCUACCAUGGUUAAUCUACAAAGUGAGAAGCUGUUUGAAUAAUCUGGAAAGUGUGCGAUGGCUGAGAGUGUAUCUACAAUGGAUAACUCUGAUGAGGAGGAAUUUUAUGAUGUACCAGAUUCCUUCAUUGACCCAGGCUGUGAGGAAAGGGGCAAGACCUCACCCGUACCACAGUCCGACUAUGUUCCUCCACCAGGAGAAGUAACAGUGCUCACAACUGGCCAGGAGACUGUAUCUCUUGGCUUUUCACUCACUGACUACUCUGUUGGGUGUCGACUACGGUUAGAUUACUCCUGUGAGAAACACAGAGACAGUUUGUUCACAGAUGACUCCGGUACUGUGAAGGUUGAGGGAUUGAAUCCUGGGACUGAGUAUACUUUCAGCAUCAUCAGGAUUGCAGACAAUGGAAAUCAAAGCAAAGCAACCUUGCUAUCUGUCUUCACAGAGCCCAGCCCUCCUGGGCAGGUUAUAGUCGAUCAGGCCAGCAGUGAGUCACUGUCUCUGCAUUGGGACAUCCCUGCUGGUGAAGUGAAGAGUUACAUUGUGACUUGUUAUGACAUGUGCAAUGAGGAAGACAUUGUGCAAGAUACAACGGACACAAACCAGCUGACUCUCCGUAACCUGAAGCCAGGGGUGUGUUACUCUCUUCUGGUUUAUGCACAACUCAGGAAUGGAAAAUUAAGCAGGCCAACUAUAACAUCUACCCGCACAAAGACGCACCUAGAAAUCUUAUUGGAGGAUUUGGGGUUGGAGCACCACUACAAAGAGAGGCUGUCCCUAAGCACAAUUCUUGGUCUUGAUGAGAAGACCAUUACUGAUGAACCUGCCAAGUGUAAUUCAGAUCUUCCAUGGUAUUUUCUGAAGAAACUAAUGAUGGUUAAUGUGACAGCAAGGAAUGUGAAAUGUACAUCUGCAUGCAAGUCAAACUGUGGUGAUCCGCAGUUAGAUCUUGAUAAUCUCGUCACCAGUCUAGAUUCAGAUGAUAUGCUAAAUCCCCUUGACCUAAUCACUGCUCUUUUUCUGUGUUCUGAUGGUUUCGUACAGCAGGAAAUGGCCCUCAAAAUGUCUAUGUGUCAGUUUUCUGUGCCUCUGUUGCUUCCCAACUGCGACACAAAGCAGUGCACACUCAUGCUUUGGGCCCUGAGAGACAUUGUUAAAAAGUACAGACCUCAGUCACAUUCAGAAUCCAAAGGAUUUAUUGAAGACAGAAUUGUUGCCUCUAAACUUCCAAUGAUAUCUUUUGUGAGACUGGGUGAGUGCUCCUUGUCCAAGUCAGAGAUCCUCAACAAGCUUCUGAGUAAUUCUCAGCAGUACCAUGACACCUUUGUUCACUGUAACAUGGAGUGUGGUGACAGUCCAAGGAGAAUAUCCAAUGGAUUGGCUGAAAUGACUUGGUACCUUCCUUGCGGGAACAAAAACAUGGAUGUCUUCAGUGAGCCAGUAGCUGUAGCUAACCUUCGUGGGGACAUUGCUUCAUUUGACACACAAUUUUCUUUUCUGUGUCAGACAUCUGCAGCAGUUUUUGUGUUCUUUGACACUUUGGACUCUGAGUGCGAGCUGCUUACCAACCAACAACACAAGGCACAGAUCUUCUUGGUGGGUAACCAUCAAAGCAAGGGUUUUAGUUUAGAUGCUGUAAAAAAGGUAGCAACCAAGUUGAACUUAAAUAACAGCAACAUCCUUUUGAAGGCUAAGCACAGGAAUGAUGCAGACUUUGUCAAAGAUUUGCGGGAAAAAGUCAGCAAUGUAAUUGAACACUCAAAGAUGAAGAUGGGAAUUGAGCAGAUGGCUGACAUUGCCCAUGAACUGGGAAUCACUGUUGAUGAAGACUCUUCAGAGUGCCAGACUGCCAAGCAAAAUGCAGAUGCGAUCACUGCAGAAAUCAAAGAUAUCCUUCAAUACAAAGAAGCUCAGCUCCCCUUGCAAGGCCAAAUAUGGAAGGAACUGACCUGCUUAGAAAAGGAAGAAUUCCGACUUCGAAAUGUUGGGUCUGAAAAUGUAGAAGACUACAAAAGUGAUCUUCAAGUACAGAAAACAGAACUUCGGGAAAAACAGAACUCUUAUGACAUGUCAAAUGCAAUGACAUGUUUCAUAAACGCAAUAUCAAGCCCAGGGAUAGAGAGGCGCUAUUUCCUGAAAUGGCUGCGAAUGAACCUUGAUAACCUGUCCCGAGAAACUCUGUCUGACCUCAGGGAGCAGUACAAAAAGAAAUGCAAAAACUCUGAGAACAAAGAGGAGAUCAAGGAAAUUGACAAACAACUUUCCAACUGCUCUCUGGGAACUGAACACUUCUUCCGUGAAAUGGGUCAGAUCUAUGAAGCUUCACUUUCCCUUUCACAAACAAACCCGUCACGUAAACAAUUACAGAACCUCCCCAAUCUAUGUGCAGAAUUGUUGCUUGAUGGAUUUCCCCUUGAGCUUGUAGACGGAGAUGCAUCCAACAUACCUCUCAGAUGGGUGAGUGACGUUCUCUCUCAGCUCAAUGACUUGGUGUCUCCUCAGAACAAGAUACUGGUAGUCACAGUUCUUGGAGUUCAGAGCACAGGAAAAUCCACUCUCCUCAACACCAUGUUUGGAGUGCAGUUUGCAGUCAGCAGUGGUCGAUGCACUCGAGGUGCCUUUAUGUUGCUCAUCAGAAUCAAUGAAGAUUUAAAAAAAGAACUCAACUGUGACUUCAUGAUGAUCAUUGACACUGAGGGCCUAAAGUCACCAGAGCUUGCACAACUGGACAACAGCCAUGAGCAUGACAACGAGCUAGCAACACUUGUUGUAGGGUUGAGUGACAUCACCAUCAUCAACAUUGCAAUGGAGAAUUCAAUAGAAAUGAAGGACAUCCUACAAAUAGUUGUGCAUGCUUUUCUCAGGAUGACAGAGGUGGGCAAAACUCCCAAAUGUCAGUUUGUUCACCAGAAUGUGUCGGAUGUUUCAGCCCAUGAUAAGAACUUACGAGACAGGAAACUGCUCUUGGAACAGUUAAACGAGAUGACCCAGGCAGCAGCCAAAAUGGAAAAGAAAGGGGAGAACAUCAGCUUCACUGAUGUGAUGGAGUACAAUCCAGACACUGGCAACUGGUACAUUCCUGGACUGUGGAAUGGAAACCCACCAAUGGCACCAGUCAAUGCAGGGUACAGCGAAGCUGUUUAUGAGCUCAAGAAGAACAUAAUCCACAUUUUGGGAAGUUGUAAGUCAUCUGCUAAUAAUAUCUUGGGGUUUACAGAGUGGAUGAAAAGCCUGUGGAAUGCAGUAAAGCAUGAAAACUUCAUCUUCAGCUUCAGAAACAGCCUGGUGGCUGAUGCAUACAUGAGACUCUGCACAGAAUUCAACAAAUGGGAAUGGAACUUCAAAAAAGAGAUGUACACGUGGGUUACAAAUGCUGAAACAAGAAUUUCCAACUUCGGAACAGUUGCUGUGAAAACUGAGAUAUCUGACAUCAGAGAACUUCUCACAGUUUUGAAAAGUGAAGCUUUGAUAAAGCUGUCUAAAUGGGAGACAAAGCUUCUUGGAAAUCUGGACCAGUACUUCAAGCAAACAGAGGGCCAUGUCUUUCUUGUUGAAGGAUACAAACAGGAGUUUGCAAACAGCGCAAAGAACGUUCGACGAGAAAUGGAAAGUUCUGUGUUUUAUCAACUCACAGCAGCAGCUGACAUCAGACAGGGAAUGGCAGAACUUGACAGAAUCAAGGGGAACCACACAAAAGAAUUAGAGGAGAGAGUUUCUGCAUUGAUUGAUGAAUGUUCGCAGAAAAAAGUCAAGAUGACAGAGGACGAGCUGGACAAAGAAUUUGACAAGAUGUGGACUGAAACAGAGAAGGAACUAUCCUUUUCAAAAAUGGAGGUUGUGGACAUUUUCACAAGUGUGUCUCACCGCCUGAGAACUAAUCUAUCACACAAGGGAAGUCAUGCAAGUAAAUUGUUAAGUCAAAAAAGCCUGCAACGUUGUGGACUGGACGCUUUUAAAUAUACACCUGAAGGACUCAUAAAGCGAUUCCAAAACACCUUCACCCAGAUGUUCAACAUUUCAGGACACACGAAGGAUGUACAACAAAUAGCUGACAGCAUCAUAUCAAUGUGCACACAGUUUGUGGCUGAAAAAAAUCAAUUCAAAAGCAAUUACCAUGAUACUUACAUCCAGGAGAUUUUACACAUGAUUGAUGAGAGGCUUAAAAACAAUCAAGAUGUUAAAACAGACAUCACGUUUGAAGUUUCUCUGAAACAGCACAUCUGUUCCAAUGCAGCCAGAAGCUUUCAGAAAAUGCAUGACGAUUUCGUACGUGAGAACGAUCCCUACAGAUGUCUGAAUAAAAACAAAGAAAAGUUUCGUGCUGAUUUUAAAGACGUGUUUCAUGACCGAGACCAGUGCCAGAAGAAGGCAGAAGAAUUCACGUACCGCUGCUUGAGGCCUGCAGUCGAAGACUUUGUCAAACGUUCCCUGGGUCCUGAUAUCAUUGGUGAAAUGCUGACAUGCGAUCAGUUUAGCACACGGAUUGUUUUCCAGCAUUCAGUCUUACUGGAUUUGCUCUCAGUGGAUGAGUUUGAAAGCUAUCUGAGCUAUAUUAGCUCCUAUGAGGAUUACGUAAAGAAAUGGAUUUCCAACCAAAUAGUGGAACGUUUAUCAAAAGACUCUACGAUGUUCAAGCUCGAGGAUAAACAUGUUCAGUCAAGUAUCAGGAGCAUAAAUGAUGCUAUCAACAAAGCAAAUAAACAGAAGAGUGGCAACUUGAAGACAUUUGUUCAAAAUGUCUGUCAGGAACUUGCUACUAAACUGGUCCUUUCCCAGGAUGCUCUCGGGGCAUUCAUGAUCCUGAACAAUGCCGACCAGGAACAGUUUGCUCGCUGGCUCACUGAGUGUGUGAAGAACAUGGCCCAAACUCUCAGAAAGCAGUAUAAAGAAACUAACAUCCAAAUGAAACUACAGAAUCUUCAUGUGAAUCCUCAGAACCAGCUUUUCACCAAGCUGAUUGGAUGUGGUAAACAGUGUCCAUUCUGCAAAGCUCCUUGUGACGCAGGAGGAAGCGCCCACACUGAGCACUGGGCUUCACUGCAUCGGCCAAAGGGGUUUGGUUCAUGCAGGUUUCUAUCCUCGAAGAAACUUGUCACUGAAAUAUGCUCUUCCUCCGUGGUCACUGAAGCGACAUUUUGUUGUAAUGCUACAAACUGGGAAUUUCAUCCUUACAAGCGUUACAAAGAAAUCUUUCCUGACUGGAAAAUCCCACCAGAUGGAAGCCUCCAGGCAUCAGACUACUGGAAAUAUGUGAUGGCAACAUUUAACAAGCAGUUGGCGAAAGCGUUCAACGCAGAGCUUGCUGAUAUUCCCACCACUUGGAAACAAAUCACACACGAGGAAGCAGAAGCAAGCCUGAAAGAGUCAUUUAACAUCAAGUGAGAAAUUACAUGCUUUGUGGUCACAGAGGUGCACAUCCUCCUCAAUACAAUCAUUAUCCUCAUUAAUAAUUAAUCUUACUUGUUUUUAUGAUAUAGAGAAGAAUGACAACCAACAUGCUGUACAACCGGCCGUAUAUGUAUAUUAGAUGACAUGAUGAUGUUUUUUCUUUCUUAUCUAAUUGAGUGCAAUAUGUCAUUUUCUUACAUCAAAAGUUUGUAAUGUCUUACUUUGUUUUUUAAAUUUUCUGUUACAUUUUUAUGUUUUCUGUUCAUGUUAUUCCAUUUACUAGGAAUUUAGAAUAUUUGUUUUUCAUUUCUGUGCUGCAUCAAAUGCCACACAUUUAUAUUUUCCAAUCAAUUAAAAGAUCAUUCAUAUACAGUUCUGUCAACAUGUAUACAUGACAGAAUGUUUGUUCAUCAAGUUAAACAUAUAUGUGGCUUUUUUCUAGAAAGUUAGAAUUUGUUUUUGUUUCUGUGAAUAUAUAUAAAUAUCUGAUAAAUUGUUAAAACAUGUCAGUUUGAAAAGAUCUUUCAGUCUAAAUAUCAACAUGUAGGUGAUACAUGACAAUUAGUUUUUAUCUAAUGUAAUUUUUUUUAAAUGUAAUGUCAUGUUUAAUCUGUAAUGUCUGUUUUUAUUUCAAUUAAGUAUAUAAUGUCACAUAUUUACAUUUUUAAUCAAUCAAAAGAUCAUUCAAUCAAAAUGUUGUCAACAAGUAAACAUAAUCAAGUUUAGUAUAAAAUGUCUUUCUUUCACUCAGAAUUUAUAAUCUCUGUUUUUUGUUAAGUAUCUGAUUCCACAUAUUUACAUGUUUAAAGGAACUAAAAAAGCAUUCCUUCUAUAUGUUAUCAACAUGUAUACUUCCUGUUCACCAUUUGAAUAAAGACACAGAAUCAGCA